AUUAUCGUAUCGACUGUAGUGUGUCUUGUGGUUGUUCUUUUACUGCUGGCGCUGACUGCCGUUUUGUACACAUAAUUAUACUUAUAUAUAUAUGUAUACAUAACAAUAAUAAUAACUUUGUUAACACACAUACACAACGAACUCGAGAGAAACUGUUUUCGUGUCGGACAGCGGACUACAUUUCGCUUUUUUUAUCAAUUUUUUUUUUCUACGGGUUUUUAUAAUAUUUCGGUUUUAUUAUAGUAAAAAUAAUUUAUAUACAUAUACACAAAUCGUAGCGGUAUCUACGUCGAUUUUAUUUUGUACUAUCGUUUGUCCAUUUUUCGACUAACCGUCUUGUCUGCGAACUGACAACACACGAAAAUAUUAUUACAAUGUAUUUAUUCAUUUUUUUGGUUACACUCCUAAUUCGGUGUACUUAGAUCGUAAAAAAUAACGCAACACGAGUGGAAGUAAUCUGUUCGCCGAGAUAAAUUCGCAAUAGGAUAUUUCGUCUCGUCACCAUGACCGAAACCUUAACUUGUCGUCCAAAGAAAGUACAGCUAUUUUAGCCAUCGUUGUCGAUCUGCUAUGACCGCCAUCGGUAAUCAUCAUUACUAGACAACUAACGGUUCACCCAACGCAAUAUGAUGAAUAGCGGCGUACCCAAAAAGCGUACAAACCUCCGAAUCAAAGCCUUUCCAAUGACAAUGGACGAUAGAUUGAUUGAUGGCAUUUGGUUGUUGCUAAAAAAUGCAAUUCAGGAAAUUCAGAAAAAAAAUAAUUCGGGUCUUAGUUUUGAAGAAUUAUACAGAAACGCUUACACAAUGGUGUUAUUGAAACAAGGCGAAAGGUUAUAUACAGGCAUGAAAGAGGCGGUUAUUAAUCACUUAGAAAACAAAGUGAGAGAUGAUGUUUUAAAAUCUCUCAACAAUAAUUUUUUGCAAGUACUUAAUGUUGCUUGGAAUGAUCACCAGACAUCAAUGGUGAUGAUACGUGAUAUAUUGAUGUAUAUGGACCGAGUGUAUGUCAAACACAAUGAAGUAGAUAGCGUUUACAAUUUGGGUUUGAUAUUGUUUCGGGAUUUGAUCGUUCGGUAUGGAUACAUCCGAGAUCAUCUUCGUACAACUCUUUUGAAUCUGAUUAAAUUUGAACGUAAGGGGGAAGUUGUCGAUAAAAUUGCAAUUAAAAACGCUUGCCAAAUGUUAAUGAUUCUUGGCAUCCAAACUAGGAAUGUCUAUGAAGAAGACUUUGAGAAGCCUUUCUUAGAACAGUCUGCCGAAUUUUACAAAAUGGAAAGCCAGAAAUAUUUAGCGGAAAACAGUGCUUCAAUCUACAUACGUAAAGUAGAAUCGAGAAUUAUGGAAGAGUCGGAUAGAGCGAAACAUUAUCUGGACGAGUCAACUGAAUCGAGAAUUGUUGAAGUCAUAGAAGAAGAAUUAGUGAAGAAAAAUAUGAAGACUAUUGUCGAAAUGGAAAAUACCGGGGUUGUUAAUAUGUUAAAAAACGAUAAAAACGAUGACUUAUCGUGCAUGUACAAACUAUUGAGUCGUGUUCCUGGUGGCUUAAAAAUUAUGUCCGAAUGCGUCAGUCAGUAUUUACGUGAAAUUGGCACAUCAUUAGUACAAGAAGAAGAUGCUAGUACGACAAAUAUUGUUAACUAUAUGCAGAGUUUGUUGGAUUUGAAGGACAGAUUUAAUCAUUUCUUGGUUAACUCGUUUAACAACGACAAACUGUUUAAACAAAUGAUAGCUGCAGAUUUUGAACAUUUCUUCAAUUUGAAUCCAAAAUCGCCUGAAUACCUUUCAUUGUUUAUUGAUGAAAAACUUAAAAAAGGAGUUCGUGGGUUGAGUGAAAAUGAUAUUGAAAUAGUAUUAGACAAAGCGUUGGUAAUGUUCCGUUUUCUCCAAGAAAAGGACGUAUUUGAGAGAUACUACAAACAGCAUUUAGCUAAGAGAUUGCUUUUAAACAAAUCUGUUAGCAAUGACAAUGAAAAAAACAUGAUCUCAAAACUCAAGACUGAGUGUGGUUGUCAAUUUACAUCGAAAUUAGAAGGAAUGUUCAAAGACAUGUCUAUAUCGAACACAAUUAUGGACGAGUUUAAAGAACACUUAGCAAAAUCGGAUAAACAUCAAUUGAAUUCAGUAGACCUUACAGUGCGAGUAUUGACCACGGGAUUUUGGCCCACUCAUUCGACGUCAAAGUGCAAUAUACCUGUAGUUGCUAGGCUAGCUUUUGAAGAUUUUCAAAAUUUUUACUUGGGUAAGCACAACGGACGACAGCUGACGUUGCAACCUCAAUUGGGUUCGGCCGAUUUGAACGCAGUGUUUUACGGAUUAAAACGACCCGAUACAGAGUCUUCCUCACAGAUAAGCUCGACGGCUAGCAAUAUUGUAACGCCACCCAAAGAACGAAAACACAUAAUUCAGGUGUCCACGUACCAAAUGUGUGUUCUACUGUUGUUUGUCACACGUGAUAAAUUCACUUUUGAGGAUAUACUAAGUGAAACUGAUAUUCCCGAAAAAGACUUGAUUAGGGCGUUACAAUCUUUAGCGCUAGGAAAACCGACGCAACGGAUACUUCUCAAGAGUCCAAAGUGUAAAGAAAUUGAAAUGAAUCACGAAUUUUGUGUCAAUGACUCUUUUACCUCCAAAUUACACAGAGUGAAAAUUCAAACAGUAGCGGCUAAAGGAGAUACCGAACCCGAAAGAAAAGAAAUCAGAAGCAAAGUUGACGAAGACCGUAAACACGAGAUUGAAGCAGCCAUAGUUCGUAUAAUGAAGUCGCGUAAAAAGAUGAACCACAAUGCACUCGUUAUGGAAGUGAUGGAACAACUUAAAAGUCGAUUUUUACCUUCGCCCAUAAUCAUUAAAAAAAGAAUCGAAGGACUUAUUGAACGGGAAUACAUUUCGAGGUCUACAGAAGACAGAAAAGCAUAUUCCUAUGUCGCAUAGAAAAUGACUCAUAAGUUGACAUUAUUAUUUUGUACUUAAUUAAAAAAUUAGGUAUUUUUUUCCUAAGCGGAAAAAUGUAUGCAGCGUCUUAAAGACGAUUGCGAUAAUAAUUUUCGUUGUACAAUCGGACAGAGAAUUAGGUGCGCAAUGUUCCUAUUUUCGUUAAAAUUAUUAAGUAAACAUUAUUGUUAUGGAUAUAAAUAACUUAUCCAUAAUACUUUUCGUUCCAAUUGAUAUUGUUGACAUACAAUUUUCCAAUUCACAAUUAUUAUAAUAACAGCACAAACAUCAUUUACAAAAAAAAAAAUGUAUAAAAUUGUAAAUAAAUAUGGGUUUGUAAAUGACUGUAAAUAGUAUUUCGUAUUAAUAUUUUAUUUUGUAUUUUUUAAUCGAAUAGUGUUAUUUAUAAAUUGCAUUUCGCAAAAGUUUAUAUAAUAAAAAAAAAAUUGUUUUAUGUUCAAACGCUAUUAACUACGUUAAUUGUAUUAGCUGUCUAGGUUGGAAUUUGCAUUGUUGUUAGGUAAAUGUAUUUGCUAUUGACGUUUGUAAGACUAUUUGCUAUUCAUUUGUUGAUGAUGAACAUAUUUUAUGUAUAUUAAAUUUCGUUUAUAGUCAAUUCUUAUAUAUUUUUUUUUUCAUUUAUCGUUAAGUGUUUAAAUAUUUAUGUCUUUAAAUAUAUUUAAUAAACCCAAUUGCAAAGGUUAAUGACUAUUCUUAAAUGGAAUGCAUUGUUAAUUCUAAUAAUUUAUG